AUGCUGGGUGCCGUGUCAUUUCUAGAUCACUUUGGAACUCUUUAUGGGAAUAAGUUGAGUAAGGAGGACCAUCAACGUGCAGAGACUGCUCUGGGACACGCAUUGCACGCGUUCUCAAGCCAGUGGAUAACUGGAGGUAUUAAUCUGCGGUUGAACACACGUUCCGAGUCCCCGCCUCCGCUACAAACUGAGUGCUCCCAUCAGGAUAUUCGGGCGUAUUACUGGCAUAAAGCCCGGUCUAGCCUGGCCGAGACAAAGCGGGUUAAGUGUUUCAAGAUCGUAUACGCCAUGCUCCUUUUCAACAUGACUACGCCCCCUGUGCCACUUGAGAAACCAAAUCUCCUACCUAAUGAACAACAAACCGAUUUUUGGCAGGAAUUCAUUGCAAUUUUGUGUCCCUUGCGAGUGAAGGUGUUGAAAUAUAGUGAUAAUCUAGGUUCUAGUUCUACCUACGCUGGGGCCCUAAGGGUUGGCCUUGGGAUUAUUAGCUGGCUAGCUUUCCUACGGGAUACGAUGAGAUCUGCCAUAAGUCUAAAACCGCCAAUGUUCGACGAUGUCUCGUUUGAAUCUUACGGAGAACUCUCGCAUAAGUCGCAGUCCACAUCGACGCACAUCCCUAUGGACACCGAAGACACGGCAAUUUUCAUGAAAUGCAGCUCUGCAAUUUCUCAGAUGGUCUUCUUGUGGCGCCGACUCCAUCCUGAACUUCAUCCUAACCUCGGGAACUACGGUACAGAAAAGGAGCUAAUAUUCAUAACUACUGUGGAAAGCCAUGAAGAUCGAAUAAGAAGGUUCUUAAAUGUAGCAUCAGCGCUUGAUGACUACGAGAUGAAGUAUAAAAGUCUGAUGAGAUACACGCUAGUUAACCACCAAGGGUUGUCCCCGCGGACAAAAUUCUUUUCAUCUAUCUGGAUUAUAUUCUGGGGAUACUGGGUUCUCCGCCACGCUGAUGCGCUCGAACAAAUGGCUCUAUCUACGUCCACGACUUUCAUGUCGAAAAUUCAACAAUUUAAAUGGACUAGUGCCCAAUCCAUUGCUGCAAUAACAAGCAGUGACAUCUUGAAUACACUGUCAUCUCUCGAGUCAUCACACUCGGAAGAAUUGGUAUCUUCAGCAUCUGUAGAUGACCUGUGGAGUGACCACCAGUCGACCCCUGUUAUUUCCGCUCACGCAACAUGUGGUAUUGUUGUCAAUGCCAUCCAGAAGGCCAUUGAGAGUUUGAUUCACUUGUGGAUUGAGACGGGUCCAAGACACCUACAUGCCCCUUUUAUGGGCUUAGGAAUUGACAGUGAUCCGCAGACUGUAUGGUCACGGACGCUAAGUUCACUCUUGUCAUCUUUGAUUUCACUGCAGAAGGUUCCGAGCACAUCGCAGAUAGCUACCGCCAAAGCUGGCGAGCUGUUCCAGCAACAUGGUGAUUUGAUUUCGGAGCACUGGGUGAUGGAGUAUUGA